AUGAGCAUUCAAGACAUCACCACGUCUGAAAUUUCAUACCCAUCACGUCUACCCGCGGACGACAGCCUCUGCAACCAGUUCUCGGCACUGUACCAAGCCGCACCUUCUCCGAGUCGCCUUGCUUCCUGGGCUCUCAACUCUACCCACACCUCGCCAGACGACCAACAACUUCCUCUUACUCCGGACCGCCUCCGCCCCCACUCGUCUUCCGCCGACCUCUCCAACGACGUGACCAUGCUUGGCCAAGGCUACAACCUCCCCGAGUCGAACAAGUACACUUCUCCCACCAACAACUUUGCCUUUGAGGCACCUCAGACCAAGGUCACAAACACGACCACCGUCACCUACCCACUGAGCGGCCAGAACAGUACCCAGUUCAGCCUCCCCACCGGCACCAUGUCGGGCAACGUUACUCCCAACGAGGCUCUCCCUCGCAUUUCGCGCGACUUUGCUCCUCCUCCCAUCGACACUCGUCGCCCCGCGACCGCGGCUGCGGCCCUUCACGGUCGCGACUUUGCUGCCCUCAAGCGCGGCAGCCUCGACGACAUUCGCGAGCACGGCGGCUUCCAGAACCCAUUUGCUUCGCCUGCCGGUGAAAUCGUUCCCUCGCAGGCCCCUGCCGUCGACCCCCACUACGUCUCUUCGGAUUCCACCCAGUGGCAGCCCCAGACCGCGUCCCAGACCGGUCUUGCCUACCCGGCCACUGCAGUCGGUGCGCCCAACUAUGGUUACAACAACGGCCUUGCCAGUGCCAACCAGCAACGCAUGAACCGCCCCCAGACUUCGGAUGGUCUUCCCUCGUACCCCCAGCACAUGGGCGCUCUCCCUCCCGCUCGCACGUUGGUCAACCACAUGGGCUCGUACCAGUCCAACGUUGCUGUCCCCGCUGGCUACGGCUCCGUGUCCGUUCAAGGCAUGGGCGGCUACCAGCGCUACGGUGGUUCAUUCCCCAACCCCGGUGCCAACCGCUACAUGAUGGGCCAGCAGGACGACAUGCAGUUUGUCCCCCUCAGUGGUCCCACCCCCAAGAAGCGUGCCCGCCGCCGCUACGACGAGAUUGAACGCAUCUACGCGUGCGAGUGGAAGGGCUGUGACAAGGCCUACGGCACCCUCAACCACCUCAACGCUCACGUGGCUAUGCAGAAGCACGGCGAAAAGCGCCUUCCAGCUCAGUUCAAGGACAUGCGCAAGGAGUGGCGUCGCAAGAAGCGUGAGGAAGCGGCUACUGCGGCCUCGAAGGAAUACGCUGCUCAGGCCGCCGCUGCGGCCGCCGGUGUCGAGGGCCCAAACCAGUCGCAACAGUACUACGAUGCUCGUCACUCUGCCGACGCUUCGAUGUACACUGGAGGAGGCCAGCAAUACAACUCCGGUGCGAUCGACGACCCUUUUAGCCACCGCAGCUCGACUGGAUCCUUUCUGACCUCGGCCCCAACCUGGUCUGGUUCAGACACCCGUCCCACCACUGCCAACACUGUGUCCUCUGGCGGCGGUUCGCCCACCGACAGCCGCUUUGCAUACACCAGCACCAACUCGUGGGGUAACGUCAACGGCCAGUACGAUGCUCGCGUCAACGGUGCCGCCAAUGGCUACGACCGCAAGGUCCUCAACAUCAGCACCCAGCUUGGCGGUCGCGUUGACACCGAUUACUCCACGCCCACCCAAGCGACACCGACCUUCAACCCUUACACCAUGGCUCAUCACAACCUGAUCUAA